AUGUCGUCACGCUGGGACGAGCUGCCGAUCAGCGAGCAGGAGCAGCAGUACCUGGCCCAGACGACGAUACCCCCGACCCUCCCCACCAGCUCGGUGAUGCACUCAAUCAGACGGAAUCUCGGCUCGCUGAUACGGCAAGAGAUCUCAGAUGACCAGACGAUCUGUUAUUAUAAUAAUCUCCAUGGGGACGGCCCGAUUCCGUACCUAUGCGAAUUAGGGUGCUGUCCAAGCGGGUGCUGCACGCCCGAGGAUCUUACCGCACAAGCCGCCGGGUACGGCUGGGCAAUCGGCCUUCUCGUCGCCUUCAUCCUCCUAAUUCUAUUCGCCAUCGUCGCCCUGUUCGCCCUUUGGAUGUUGAACCGGCACAAGGAGCGCAUCCAAAAGCGCGAACUCCAAGCCUCGAGCGCCGAGAGUUCAGCAGCAAGCCAGAUCAGCGGCCCAACCUCCUACUACAGUCCUGAUAGCUAUAUCCCGCCGUUCACAUACUAUGAAAGCAAAUAC